AGAGAGAUUCGAUCGUGUGAGCUUCGCGCUUGGUGCUCCGGUAGAAACCCGCGAUACCCGAAAACCCACUAACCAGUACUCCCCGCGGCACAAUAAGGCCAAAAAGUGAAAACCAAAAAGCCAAUAGGCCGUCUUCGUCGUCGUCGUGGUCGUCGCAGGUGCUAACAGUAACGCGCUCAGGAUUAUUAGAUUAAAUCAAUAAACAAUCAUGGCAUCCCAGUGGCCCCAGAACGUUGGAAUACGCGCCAUAGAGGUGCUCUUCCCCUCCCAGUACGUGGACCAGACGGAGCUGGAGACCUUUGAUGGCGCCUCCGCUGGCAAGUACACAAUUGGUUUGGGCCAGGCCAAGAUGGGAUUCUGUUCGGACCGCGAGGAUGUCAACUCACUCUGCCUGACGGUUGUGAGCCGACUGCUGGAGCGGCACCACGUAAAGCACUCGGAGAUCGGACGACUGGAAGUCGGUACCGAGACCAUUGUGGACAAGUCCAAGUCGGUCAAGUCUGUGCUGAUGCAGCUGUUCGCCGAGAGCGGGAACACGGACAUUGAGGGCAUCGAUACCACAAAUGCCUGCUAUGGCGGCACGGCGUCUCUGUUCAAUGCCGUCAAUUGGGUGGAGUCCUCCAGCUGGGAUGGCCGCCUGGCCCUGGCCGUGUGUGCUGAUAUUGCAGUGUACGCCAAGGGCGCUGCGCGUCCCACAGGCGGAGCGGGAGCCAUCGCUAUGCUGGUGGGUCCCGAUGCGCCGCUAGUCUUCGAUCGUGGCCUACGCGCCACGCAUAUGGAGCACGCCUACGACUUCUACAAGCCGGACCUCAGCUCGGAGUAUCCCACGGUGGACGGCAAGCUGUCCAUUCAGUGCUACCUUUCCGCCUUGGACACCUGCUACCGGCUGUACAGGAAGAAGUUCGGCCAGCAGAAGGAGAAUGCCAAUAAGAAGUGGAGUUUGGAUAACUUCGAUGCCAUCCUGUUCCACACGCCCUUCUGCAAGCUGGUGCAGAAGUCCGUCGGUCGCCUGAGCUUUAACGACUACCUGCUGAGCAGCGAGGAGGAGCGAGCCAAGCAGUUCCCCGGUCUCGAGCGGUUUAAUAGCUCCACGCUGGAGAGUACCUACUUCGACAGGGACGUGGAGAAGGCCUUCCUCACGCAGUCGUCGGAGAUCUUUGCCAGCAAGACCAAGAAGUCACUGCUGCUGGCCAACCAGGUGGGCAAUAUGUACACGCCAUCGGUGUACUCCGGUCUGGUGUCCCUGCUAAUCGGGGAGCCGGCCAAGGAUUUGGUGGGAAAACGCAUUGGUGUGUUCUCCUACGGAUCCGGACUGGCGGCAUCCAUGUACUCGAUAAGUGUCACUCAGGAUGCGGCAGCCUUUGAGCAGUUCGUCUCGAAGUUGGACUACGUGCAGCCACUGCUCAACUCUCGCGAAAAAGUGGCUCCGGAACAGUUCUCGUCGCUGAUGGAGGUGCGGGAGAAGAACAACCAUGCGGCACCGUAUACGCCAACGGGCAGCAUCUCCGCCUUGUUCCCCGGCACCUACUACCUGAAGGAUGUGGAUGCGCUGCAUAGGCGCACCUACGAGCGAACGCCGACCAUCAGCAAUGGAGUGCACUAACCUUAGGUUAUAUGGGGUCCUUGGUUUGGUUCCGGUUUCGCCUUCCAACUUGACAAUAACUCUAAUUCCCUCUUUCUCUCUCGACCAAACCCAUGUAGACGGUAACUAUUUAUAGCUGGUAUGAUGAUAACGAUCCCAGGGGUCGCUUUCCCUUCUAUUUCUUCUUAUUCUACGGGUCCUAAUCACAUAUAUAGUACACUACACCUAUUGUUAUUAUUUAUACAAGCUUGCGAAUCAAUAUUUUCAUCCAGUCAGACCUUAUUUAUACCAUGGAACAAGUCUUAACUAGUGUAGUAGGUACACUGCAAUUUAUGCCUAUAAAUGUACAAUACUUAUACCUGUGCGUGUGUGUAAAGCACACACACAAUCAAUUGAUUUACGAACAAUAAAA